AUGAAAAUUAUGAAGAUUAUCCUACUUCUGCUUUUGAAAGCACAGAAGGAGUAUAUGCCUUAGAAAAGAUGUCUCAAAAGGUUUUAGCCCUGCGAAAGACUUUACAAACUGCUUUUGAAGAACAUACUACGGAAGAAGAAAGGAAUGGUUUGCCUCAGUUAUUAGAGGAAGCCCUAGAAAAUCAAACUGUUGCUCAACAGUUGCAG